UUGCCUGCACGAAAUACCGGCGUGAAGUGUGUGUGUGUGUUUUGCCCUUCAGUGUAGCUGUCUCUCUCCCUCUCUCUGUACACACACUCGCUGCACAUCACCCGCUACAACCACCACACGCGCUCACACACACUGUAUCGCACAGCUGGUUAGCUUGCUAGCUAACGUUGUUUCAUUCCAACUGACGGCGUUGUGUUUGAAUUUAGUUUUUUUUGUUACUACUGUUAUGUGUAGACGUGAUUAUCGUUGAAGUAACGGAUUAUCUGCGUCCCUCCUCGGCUGACCGGGAGGUGCCAUGGAAUGCCGUGUUCUGUCCAUACAGAGCCAUGUAGUCCGGGGAUAUGUGGGCAACAAGAGCGCCUCCUUCCCAUUACAGGUUUUAGGGUUCGAGGUGGACUCCAUCAACUCUGUCCAGUUCUCCAACCAUACAGGUUAUUCUCAUUGGAAAGGCCAAGUGUUGACAGCAGAUGAGCUCCAUGUUCUUUAUCAAGGAAUCAAACUGAACAACGUACACCAGUAUGACUAUGUUUUAACAGGGUAUACCAGAGACACAUCCUUCUUGGAGAUGGUAGUGGACAUUGUUCAGGAGCUAAAGAGAGCCAACCCCAACCUGGUGUAUGUGUGUGACCCUGUCCUCGGUGAUCAUGGAUCUAUGUACGUUCCUCAGAAUCUUUAUCCGGUCUAUAAGAACAAGGUGGUUCCUGUUGCUGACAUUAUCACUCCUAACCAGUUUGAGGCUGAAUUAUUGACAGGGAAGAACAUCAGCACAGAGAAAGACGCUGUAGAGGUUAUGGACCUGCUCCAUGCGAUGGGCCCAGACACAGUGGUCAUCACCUCCUCUGAUCUACCCUCCAGGCUGGGAGACCGCUUCCUUGUGUCGCUGGGCAGCCAGCGCCAUGUUCGCCCCGACGGCAGCAGGACGACGCAGCGAGUUCGAAUGGAAGUUCACAAAGUGGACGCCGUCUUUGUAGGAACUGGAGACUUGUUUGCUGCUAUGCUGCUAGCGUGGACACACCACUACCCUAAUGACCUGAAGAUGGCCUGUGAGAAGACUUUCUCAGUGAUGCAUCAUGUUAUCCAGAGGACCAUUUCGUAUGCUCAUGAGUUAGCAGGUCCCGGUCGGAGGCCCAGUCCGCCCCAGCUGGAGCUGAGGAUGGUUCAAAGUAAAGCUGACAUAGAAGACCCUGCUAUAGUUAUGGAGGCCAUAGUCAUAUCCUAACAUUACCGACACAUAAGACUCAUACUAACCUUGUCCUCUUCACCCAUAAAUCUCUCAAAUCCAGUAUCUCGGUGAAUCUCUCAUCACUGUAAACCUUGACUGUCACUUCCAAACUUCAACACCUCAUCAUCCAGACCUCCUCAAAACCCUUAGUAUUGUAACCCCUGUAGUCCUCUCAGCCUAAACCCUUUCCCCCUUUAAGUCCUCAGUGUCCUAUCCCCUUAACCUGUAACUCCUACGUCCCUUUACCCAAACCCUGUUUUGAAUCUAGAGCCAUGGAUAUACAGAAAGCAUGGUUAGGUUGGACUGUCGCUGCCUCAUCUCUAACCAGGUAUGUGAGUGGACUGCACAGCUGCUUUUUUGGAAAGCUGUGGGGUUUAAGUGUCCACGAGCAUAACACAUAACAUGCAGCAUAUAAAAUACAUGCUGGUAAUACUAACAAACAAAAUAUGAGGCUGAUAAGGUUGAUUGGAAAACCCAUUCGAGGUUCAGCCCUCAGCACGAUGGAGGAAUGGAGGUUGUAAUACUAGGACUAGAAGAGUUCUAGUUCGUACUCUAUGGACUCUUCAGUGGGGAGUGUUGAAAAGCAGUUUUUUGCUACCCUCUUUGGCUGGACAAUUCUCUGGUCUGCUUCACUCCUGUGGGCUGUGGUCAGAGGUGCUCUGUGUGCACCUGUAACCACACCCAGCAGUGAUGUCACAGUGUACUGACUCACCCUGGAGUACACCUCUACAUCAAUCCAGCGAGAAAUUAAACCACCAAGAGGUUCUGAUUAGGGCUGGGUAUCGCCAGUGAUUUUCCGGAAUCGAUUUGAUUCCGAUUCACAGGCUCCCGAUUCGAUUACAUUUCCAUUCCAUAUCCAUUAGGUUAGGGGUUAAAUUAUACAAGCAAGAAGCAACCCUCAAAUAUUAUUUCAUAAUGCACCAGGUUAAUGUUUACAUUCCGAAUUGACACCCAAAAAGUUUGUGGUGUGUUAUACAUCCAUUGAAAGAUUUUUUUUUCAGGAUUUUAUUUAUCGAUAUCAGAUCACUCAAACAAAGAUCCAUGUUAAUUGGAGAAUUGAUUAUUUGUACCCAGCCCUAGUUCUAAUGUAGCGGGGACAAUUUGUUGUUGCAUUCAGAAAUGGACCACUGCAACAUAUUUGCAGUGUUUACCCAAAAGUGAUCCAAAUUGAUUUCCAGCUGCUUAAUGUUCUCCAAAACUCUACCUCUAAAUUAUUAAAUAUAAACUUAGCCUGCUUUAUUGCUCUAUUACUGCCACUCCACUCAACUCACGUUUAACUUUGACAGAAUGCACUCUAGCUGUGGUCCUCCACACCAGUUGCCAAGUUGCAGGAUUGCUGCACUGACAUCGGUAGAAGACUAUAAUGAUCAAACCCUGUUUAUCUAUGGCUCUGCCCACCACUAUUUCGACCCCCUCCCCCGUCUUACAGCAGUGAUGUAAUGGUGACCAAGUCUAACCCCAUUAGACCCCUUCAAAAUAUAACAAAUGAAAAAAAACAAAAAAAACGCACAAUGUAUAGUUGAUGUAUAGAUGUUGUACUAUAACUGUAUUGGACCAUCUGUAUGAUAUCUUCUAUCUGAUCUGUCUAUUGGACCAUUGUGUUGAUGCUACUGUACUAUAGACCACACGCACUACAAUAUCACCCAAACCAGAGACAUUUGGGCUGGUUCUGGCACUCCUGGAGGCUCCAGUGGCUCCAGUCGUUGCCACUUGUUAGUAAUAGGUAACUGUAUUAACCCUUUUUCAUCUCAACACAACAUUAAGAAAAAAGGGCAACCUGAGCUGUCUGAGCCGUCCCUCGUUCGGCCGGUUUUACUUGUGCUACACCAAUCUGAAAUUGGCUACCUCAGUGCCAGAACCAACCCACAUCAUUGCCGGGCGGUUCCCGGCCCAGUUCUGGCCCAGAGCCUUAUAUCUGAGCAUUGUGCCACUGAAUUUACUGGAGGCCUCGAGAAGUUGUAAAAGGAGACCUUCCUCAUCACAGCAGGAGACUCUUGUUGUUUCUUCGAUAAAUGGGUAAUGAUGCUGAGCGAGAGCAGAUAUCUAGCUUUUUAAAGUAGGUUGAAUUUUAAAAUGAUGCCAGGAGUUUAAUUUUUUUUAAAUUCUAUUAGCAAAGCAAAAAAUAUUUGUGAUUGUUUUUAUUCUUGCCUAAUUUGUCUUUUAUUGGGGUUUUUUGUCUAUAAAAUGACAUACAUUUGUCAGUGAUAUAAAGCAGUAAAUCCAAACAUUUGAAAAGAUGGAACCAACAAGUGUCACUUUGCAUGACAACGGUUAAUCAAUUAUCAAAAUUUCAAAGUGGAUACGAGUGAUAUCUACAGGACUAUAUGAAUAAGUUGUUAGCUGCUUGAAAUGACUAUUGCCACACUGUUGAAGCCCAGGAUAGAUGUUAACUAACUUACCCAGUUUGUGAUAUACCCCACCCCUGAAACUCUUUUUAUUACAAGUUUUGCUGGCUCACUACUAGCUAACGUAACAAUGAUUUUGUCUUCACCAAGGUUGUUAGCUUAUUUGAUAUUUAAGUUUUAAAGGUCUCAUGGCAUGAAAAUUUCACUUUAUGAGAUUUUUUAACAUUAAUAUGAG